AUGGCCCCCAGCACCGUGGCGGUGGAGCUGCUCAGCCCCAAGGAGAAGAACCGGCUACGCAAGCCCGUGGUGGAAAAGAUGCGCCGCGACCGCAUCAACAGCAGCAUAGAGCAGCUGAAACUGCUGCUGGAGCAGGAGUUUGCGCGGCACCAGCCCAACUCUAAGCUGGAGAAGGCCGACAUCCUGGAGAUGGCUGUCAGCUACCUGAAGCACAGCAAAGCUUUUGCCGCCUCUGCCGCGAGCCCCAAGAGCCUGCAUCAGGACUACAGCGAGGGCUACUCGUGGUGCCUGCAAGAGGCUGUGCAGUUCCUGACCCUGCACGCGGCCAGUGACACGCACAUGAAGCUGCUCUACCACUUCCAGCGGCCCCCUGCCGCCCCUGUGGCACCCAAAGAGACCCAGAACGCCAGCGCUGCGCCCCAGCUGUCUCUCACCUCAGCCAAAGUCGCUGCCCCGCGGCAGCCCACCUGCGGCCUCUGGAGGCCCUGGUGA